GCGACCCCGGAAGUGGGUCGGGGGCUUGGCCUCUGCCCGGCCUCGGAGCCGGAGCGGGAGGCGUUACCCCAGAGCGGUUGAGCAGAGCUAUCUCGUCCGGCAGCGGACCCCGGGCAGGGCCCGGGCUAGGGGUCCAAGAUGCUGAACGUCCCUUCCCAGUCUUUCCCGGGCCCCAGCUCGCAGCAGCGCGUCUCCUCCGGGGGGCGUAGCAAGGUGCCUCUGAAACAGGGCAGAAGUCUCAUGGAUUGGAUUCGACUGACCAAAAGUGGAAAGGACCUAACAGGAUUAAAAGGCAGGUUAAUUGAAGUAACUGAAGACGAACUUAAAAAACACAACAAAAAAGAUGAUUGUUGGAUAUGCAUAAGAGGGUUUGUUUAUAAUGUCAGCCCAUAUAUGGAGUAUCAUCCUGGUGGAGAAGACGAACUUAUGAGAGCAGCAGGAUCGGAUGGUACUGACCUUUUUGAUCAGGUUCAUCGUUGGGUCAACUAUGAAUCCAUGCUGAAAGAAUGCCUGGUUGGCAGGAUGGCCAUUAAACCUGCUCUUCCUAAAGACUAUCGUGAGGAAAAGAAAGUCUUAAAUGGCAUGCUUCCCAAGAGCCAAGUAACAGAUCCACUUGCCAAAGAAGGGCCUAGUUCUCCAAGCUAUGACUGGUUCCAAACAGACGCUUUAGUCACCAUCGUCAUAUAUACUAAACAGAAGGAUAUCAGUUUAGACUCAGUAAUAGUUGAUCAUCGGGGUGAAUCCUUUAGAGCAGAGACAGUUAUCAAGGAUUUUUCUUAUCUUGUACAUAUUGCCCUAAGUCAUGAGAUUCAGGAAGAUUUUUCUGUGCGAGUUGUUGAGAAUGUGGGAAAAAUAGAGAUUGUCCUGAAGAAAGCAGAGAAUAUUUCUUGGAAAUGCCUUGGUCAUCCCCUGGAGAAUCAUAACUCACUUAUUCCAAAGAAAGAUACAGGUUUAUACUAUAGAAAGUGCCAGUUAAUUUCCAAGGAAGAUGUGACGCAUGAUACGAAGCUUUUCUGCCUGAUGCUGCCACCAAGCACACAUCUUCAGGUGCCAGUCGGGCAACAUGUUUACCUCAAGCUAACCAUCACGGGUACUGAAAUUGUGAAGCCAUAUACACCUGUGUCUGAUUCCUUACUCUCAGAGUUCAAGGAACCAGUUCUUCCCAACAAUAAAUACAUCUACUUUUUGAUCAAAAUCUACCCUGCUGGAUUCUUCACACCAGAGCUCUAUCAUCUUCAGAUCGGAGAUUAUGUUUCCAUAAGCAAUCCUGAGGGCAAUUUUAAAAUAUCCAAGUUCCAAGAAUUAGAAGAUCUCUUUUUAUUGGCAGCGGGCACAGGCUUCACACCAAUGGUUAACAUACUGAAUUAUGCUUUGACUAAUAUACCCAAUCUCAGGAAAGUGAAGCUGAUGUUCUUCAAUAAAACAGAGGAUGACAUAAUUUGGAGAAGCCAAUUGGAGAAAUUAGCAUUUAAAGAUAAAAGAUUUGACAUUGAAUUUGUUCUCUCAGCACCUACUUCUGAAUGGAAUGGCAAACAGGGGUACAUUUCACCAGCUCUGCUUUCUGAAUUUUUGAAAAGAAGUUUAGACAACUCCAAAGUCCUCAUCUGCAUUUGUGGACCAACGCCGUUUACAGAACAAGGAAUGAAGUUGCUGCAUGAUUUGGACUUUUCCAAAGAUGAAAUCCAUAGUUUCACAGCAUAAUGAAGAGCUGUCAUUCAACUGUUUUAUCUAAAUUUGUGAUUAUUUAGGGUUUUUUAAGAGAACAUUUUUGUAUAUACUAAAAAGUUAACUAGAAUCCAGGUUUCAGUUUCUUAAACGAAAUCAAAUGUUUCUUCACUAUUGAUACCUUGUUGACUUUAUUUUGUACCAUAACUUAUUUUACUACUGAUAUUUAUCCUGGAAAGUCAAUCAUGGCAACAAGUAUGUAUGGGAUUCUUUGUUAUGAGUCACAAAGUUCCUUACCAUUUAAACUGUAUCACUGUUCCACAGUACUCUCUCGUGUUUUAUGACAUGAUAAAGCAAAUGAUCAUUUUGGUCACAUUUCUAUGCUAUAAAAUGUCUGAUUAGCAAUACAGAUUAAAUUUUACAUUGCACUGUAAACUCAGGAAAUGAUCAUUUAUGUCCUUGUUCUUACUAUGAAAACAUGGAAUGUUAUAAUUUAUUAAGUGAUUCAAACAUUUUGUGUGUCUAUGGCCUUGAUACAGAGUAGAAUAAAAAUAUACUUAAGUACUUUUUAA